GAUUUGGAUUUUGGAGGACAGACGAAGGCCCAGCGUGGAAUAGCCCGAGGAAAUUCCAUAAGCUAACCCCUAGCGCCAACGGAUCUAAGUUUUCCUCCGAGGGUCAGCUCCUCUUCUAAUUCUAUUCUAACAGAGAGCCAAGGAAAUAUGGCGGCUUGCUGUACCUGGAAAACCCUACGAAUGUCCUCCUCUUCCACAAGAACUCUCAUUUGCCGUUCCUCUUCCUCAUCGUCUGCGUCCCAUUUUGUGUCCAGACCCACUAAGCCUACUGGACUUCCUUCUGCUAAGCCGGCAGCAUCUCCCCGUUUCUCUGUUCAGAAGCUUACCAACCUCAGGCUUCCAGUGGAGCUGUCAAGUGUGCAGUCGCUAAUGCCACUGCACAGUGUUACUGCUUCUGCCUUAUUUACUUCGUUGCUUUCUUUGCAUAACAACAGUUGGGGUUGUCUAUCUGAAGGAUUUGCUACACCGCUAUAACAUGUCUGGGACCUCCAGUUUCAUUGCCAGAUGGAAUCGUGAAUAGGGGAUUUUGUUUUAGUGCAUGUUUUUUUAUGUUACAAAUUGAGUUGGAUGUUCCUACUCCAAGAAGAGGCUGUCUCACUUUUCCGGAGUUUACGAACCAUGAUAGAGUUGGGAGGUGACAGAAUAUUCCUGUAUGCCUUCUUUGAUAAAAGUUUUGCGGAAAAAGUAGGAUAUUGAGAUCUCAGCAACACCAAUGACAUUGAAUAAUUGUAUCAUCUCUUUACUGUGGUGAAUUUGAUGUCUGUAACAUCCAAUUGGUCAGUCGUGAACUGUGUUUUAUAAUUAUAUCCUGCACAAUUUACUUUAAGCUAAACCCAACGAUAUUAGUUUCAUUAUCA